UGUCUUCUUAUGAUGUUCAAACGUUAAAGUUUGUUUGAAUGUUAAUAUGUUUUUUACAAGAUGACACAAGACACACUAUUUCCAGCAGGCGAUCGAAGAAAUGUUUCUCGCCUGGGAUUAACCAACAAAACAUCAAAAUUAUCGUCUCUUGGCAGAUCAAGUUAUGACUCUACGAAUAUACUCAGUCGCAUUCUGCUGGGACAGAAAGCAGAAGAAGCAGAUAAAAACAACAACGAACUCAUUCGACAGCUUCUUUGUCACAUCCCUGAUAGCAUGAUUUAUUUUAAUCAUAGCAAGGAUAUGCCAUCAACUAAAGAAUUUCUCGGAGUGGUGAUGUUUGCUGAUAUCUCAGGAUUUACAGCUUUGACAGAAAAAUACAGCGCUAUGGCAACAGCGGAUGGCACAAGUGGUACUGACAAGUUGUCGGCAACAUUAAAUGCUUAUAUAGGAAAGAUAGUAGAUGAAAUUAUAAAUAGAAAAGGGGACGUCUUGAAGUUUGCUGGUGAUGCGAUUCUAGCUACUUGGAAAUGUAGCGAUAUAGGUCAUAAUGCAAAAUCACUUUUAAACAAAGUCAUAAACUGUAGCAUCGACAUUCAGGCCAACUGCGAUAAUUUCAUGACUGAGGUUGGAAUCGUGUUGAGAGUAAAGUUAGCCAUUGCAGUUGGGGGGAUGUGUUUAACCAAUGUUGGCCUACCACCCGCUAAACAGUUUGAUAUUUCUGGUUCCGCUGUGGAUGAUGUAGGAGCAACAGAGAAGCAAGCCAUCCCUGGCUCCGUUAUACUUUCACAGCUAGCUUGGGCUAAUUGUGAACAGAGUUUAUUUUCUGCAACACCUUUAGAAAAUGGAACAUAUUUUAAGCUUAUCGGGCAUGCGCAACAGGGAACUUCAACUGAAACAAAUAAUCAGACUAAUGAAAACAAUGUGGCAAUAAUUUUGCAAACUUCGGAAAGAAUGGUUACGUCAGCAUUAGACUAUUUAAUCGACCAAUGCACGGACUACACCCAGGAUAUGCCUAAAGCUUUACUGUUGGAUGAAGACGAGAAAGUCACAACUGGCAGAUUCUUGGCUAAAAAUGCCAUGACCGGAACUAACGCAAAAGAAAAAAGAAGGAAAAAAUUCGAGAGGUUGACCAUGACAUCCAACUUGUCACCACAAGAAGUUCAAAAUUUAAGAGCAUAUGUCCCUGAGCCAGUUUUACACAAACUCGACCAUGGACAAGACUUAGAGUGGCUUUCUGAAAUGCGGCAAGUCUCCGUUUUGUUUAUAAAUAUGCAGCUUCCAACAACCCCUACGGAGGGUAGUAAAGUCUUACAAAAGGCUUUUGAAGUUGUGUACGACGCUUGUACUAGGUAUAAAGGUAACUUGAAUAAAGUAUUCGGAUUUGACAAGGGUUGUACGUUUGUUGUUAUAUUUGGACUUCCUGGUCAAAAACACGAAGACGAUCCCUCCCGUGCUGUGCAAUGUGCUCAUCACAUUUUCGAUUCUUUGCAUGCGAUACAAGAAAUUGUGAAUGAAAGUAUUGGAGUCACUACUGGUCUUGCUUUUUGCGGAGUUGUUGGUCACAAAGAUAGACAUGAAUACACAGUGAUUGGGAGUAAAGUUAACAUGGCAGCACGACUGAUGAUGUAUUACCCUGGCUUACUGACUUGUGAUGCUGAAACAUUUGAAGGUGCAAAAACGAGACUACGAAAACAAGAUUUCACCCCCUUACCUUACAUUGAAUUAAAAGGGAUGAAAGAUCCUGGUGUCGUACGGGAAUACAAUCCAAACUCCAGCAAGAAAGAUGAACAGGAUAUUGUUGUUUAUCCAAUGCUAGGACGAAAACAAGAAAUGAGGGUGUGGAGAGAGCUAAUGAAAAAACAAAAAGUUGGAAGUUUACAUAGAAGUGAGGUUGUGAUUAUCGAAGGAGAGGCAGGCAUUGGGAAAACAAAGUUGUUGGAAGAAUUCAUGGAUGAUGCGGAAAAGUGCCAUAUGCGUGUUAUUCAUGCUGAGGGUGAUGUGUCACACGCACAAAGCACUUACUAUAUUGUUAAUACUCUGAUGAGGGCAUUUUUUGAUGUAGAAGGUGAAAGCAGGGAAAAAUACAUCAUGUCUAUUAUAAACGAGGACGCCGAAAUCACGGAAAAUAUUGGCCUGUUGAGUGAUAUUAUUUCAACCUAUAUUGCAACAACACCGAAUAUCAUGGAUGUCCAAGAAAACGAAAGGCAAGAGAAACAUAAAUACAUUCUUACGAAACUUCUCAAUUUGGUUGUGUCAGAACAAAAUUCUGUCAUCGCUGUCGAUAAUGCCCGCUACAUUGACGCUAAAUCAUGGGAGCUACUCGAAUAUUGGACGCAAACGGUCAACACCACAUUCAUAUUCUCCAUAAGAACACUUGCCUCGUCUGGUCAACUUUGUGAAUCAGCUGUUAGAUUAAUCGAGAAUACUGAUAGCAAAUUACAUCUCCGAUUGACUGGUUUACAAAGCGAGCAUAUUCCUGAUCUGAUGUGUCAAUUACUAGAAGUGAACGAAGUACCUAAAAAGCUAUGUGAAAUUGUUCAAAUUAAAAGUCAAGGAGUACCAUCAUGGUGUGAACAGUUAAUAAAAGACAUGGUAGAUUCUAAUACUAUACAGUUUGUUGCGCGUUCAUCUUGUUUGCCACUAAACACGCAGAAGAAUCUCUCUCGAUUUGAGAUUCCCUUGAUAAACACGCACGACUAUCUUUCGUCUGAAGAAAUGGGCUGCAUCAAAGAAAACGAAAGGGUAGCUACUCCAUCAUUAAGUCCGUCACAAAUGCAACUGAGAAGGCAAGGCAAAACGAGAAAGGAAAGUGACGCUUCUGGAAAAAGGCUUUCGAUCUGUAAAAGCAACUUUUCAAAAAUUCAGAGUGUGUCGAGCAGUUUUGUCUACGAUGAAGAGAACUACAUAAAGGCAUCUCCAGGCGUGAUGCCUCAGGAAACAGAUGAAGUAUGCGUGAUACCUCAACAUAUUGAUCUAAAGAAAAUGCUAGUUCCUGACUCCAUGAAAGACAUGGUGCUGGCACGCAUAGACCGAAUGUCAUUGCACGAACAGACCAUCUUAAAAUGUGCAGCUGUGCUAGGGCAAAGCUUCACACGUGAUCUAUUGAACGCUAUUAUCCCGAAGAACUGCAUCAAUAUGCUAGAUACAACUUUGUAUAAUUUAUGCAAACAAAAAAUUUUUGAAUGCGGUUCACUGGCUAUUAUUUCCUCACAAAAUCGCAACCAAUCAACUUACGACUUUCAACAUCAAGAAAACAUUACAGCACCAUCCAAACCACAACACCAUUACCACCAUCAUGUAAUGACAGGUAUCCACAAAACACAAGUGUUGUGUGGAUGUUACGCUUAUGAAGGAUAUGCGGUUAUCAAUCUCUCACAAUCAAAUGCAUUCUCAGACAACAAGAAACGAAUAUGUUUGUACUUGCAAUUUAGUAACUCUUUUGUACAAGAAGCGGCUUACGCACUGUGGCUAGAGGAUCAAAGACGAGCUUUACACGAGCGCGCUGCCGUGUACUUGGAGCAGCAGUCACAAAAAUGCCGCUCGUGUGGUGGUGACGGGUUUAUACCCGGAUAUGGUCGAGGCAUCUCAGCCUCUGAACAAAUAAAGAACGGGAAAACCAGAAAAUUUAGUGUUUCACACAGUCAAAGAUCUGGCAGUCGUUCAUUUUCGCUCUUCAAUGAAAACAAACGUUACAUCGCGUCGCAGAACACUUUAGAAGAAGCAUUAAAACUCCGCAAUAAAUCAAAGGCAGAACAUUUAAAAAACUAUGAACCAACUGGUUAUCGUGGAGAAAGCAUUGGUCUUGCUCUCAUUGCAAUGGCAAGAUUGUUGGCGGAGAGUCAAGAAAAUCGUCAGUUGGAGUCGCAGAAGAAUUUUAGGACUUUUACCAAACGUGUCAAUCGGAUACAUCCCAGUCAAACCAUUGGUAAAUUAGCCACUAAGGCCUUGUUGAUGGAAUUUAAACAAUCGUCUAUUUUAUCAGGAGCAUCUUCAAGUCAAAAGACACGGAAAGCUUCUACAUUUGUGGAAAAUUGCAAUAUUGAUUUGAGCCACUGUCAAUGUGCCCAGAUUCAAGCCCUUGUCUUACCGAAGCUGGUGUAUUAUUUAAAGGCAGCUGGAAAUUUGAUGAAAACUUUUCAUUACACUAUUGACGCUGCGUCAGCAGAAUUAAACGUAAACAAAAGCAUGAACUGUUUGACAUUGCUAGAAGAUGUUGAUCGGAUGAUCAGACAACAGGAGGGGAGCAAUUAUCAAGGUUUCUUGGUAACAGAUGAGGAUAGAGCAAAAGUGGAAUGUCUAAAAGGACAGGCGUUAUGUAAAAUGGAUUGCUUGGAUGAAGGUAUUCAGCAUUUUCACAACGCAUUGAAACUUUUGAAUACUCCACAACCUUCAAGUAAAUUUGGAGUCCUGAUGAGAACGUGGAAAGCCUCGCUUGUUCAAACACUUCAUCAGAAAAUGCCAGGAGUUUUUACAGACAAUAAGAGCGAAGAAACUGAGUUUUCGGUUGAACAAGUCAGAUGCUUGUCAUUUCUUUCAAAGGCGUACCACAUGAAAAAAGAUUACGCUCGAGCAUACUUGGCUAAUUUAGAGCAAUUAAACAUGGCGGAGGAGGUGUGUGGCGAGUUUUGGAAUGAGAUGAUGGUUGCUUACACAGACAUAAUAACAUCAUGUCAAAUCAACGGAAAUUUUAAUUUAGGGAAAGUAUAUGAACAAAUGGCUAAAGAGAAAGCAAAAUCUGCUUCAAUCAACGUAGAAGAUAUGUUAACAGUUGGUCAGUUCCACCUCACAUGUGCAUCCUUCCACCUAGCUAACGGGGACAUAAACAAUGCUUUAAAUGCAGGUACCGAUUGCUACAAGAUUGCGAAAGGGCUUACAGAUGCAAACAUGAAAAUACACAUCAUUCCUGUACUUGCUCAUAUGUACUUAUUAAAGUUACGGGCACAGUCUUGCAGCGAAAUCUUGAAAGAAAUGAUGCCAUUAGUUUUGAAAAUUGAGGACCAUCAAGCAAAGUGGAUAUAUUAUUCAUGUUGUGUCGAUCUGCUGUUGGAUACAGGUAUGACUAUGUAUCCACUAGAAGAAAUUACUAAGUUUGCUGAAACGCCAGAAGAAUCAACAGUUAAUGAUUUUCUCAAAAAAUAUUUAAACAUGGCUUUAACAUUAUGGUAUGUUAGGCAUAAUCGUUGGAGCGAGGCUGGAAGUCAUUUUCAAGAUUAUAGCGAUUGGGACAUCGAGACAACUUAUCAAACUUUCCAGUCUCGUUUUUUGUCAAUAUCAGCAGAGUACUACCUUCACUGCUUCCGCUUGAACCCAACAACUCAAAGAAAAAAUGCAGUUCAAAAAGCUAUAAACAAAUUUAAAAUUCAUAUGAGAUGCAAAGGAUUGUUUCAGGCUCGAUUAUACCAUCUACAGGCCUACUUCGCAUACCUAAAAGGCAAAAGCAACCGAGCUAAAUUAUUACUCGAAGAUAGCGUUGUAGCAAGUAAGAAUAACGAUGUUAGUUUUGAUCUCGAAUGGGCUAUGGCGAGUAAAGCUACUUGGUUUAACGAUCAGUCGGAAGAAAUAGAAUUGGAACCAUUAAUGUCACGUAGUAGUAAAUAUAUCUUACCUAGAAUACAAUAAUAGCCAAUAUGAUUUCUUUAAAAUAAUAA